AUGCCAACAGAUUCCGAUUUAGUACCAGCGUUGCAAUUAAAAUUUUGGCCGGAUAGUGUUCAGCCAUUUUUUGAACGAAUAAAACAAAAUCGUCCACAUUUACACGAUUUAAUAUUGAGUAAAACGUCAAUGCAUGUUGUUCCCAAAUGGUCAGCCAAAACAUGUAUUGAUGAACAAGAUUUAGAAUUUCGCUAUUCGUUUUCAGCUAUUGAAAUUUUACUUGCAAAACAUCGUACACACAAUGAACAAGUACUAAAUGGUAUUGCAAGAAGUAUCUAUUAUAGAUAUUUAAACGAAACAGUAUUACCAUCUUAUUUCAUUAAAACAAGUGUUUUAUGGAUGUGUGAAACAAUGGACCUCAACGAUUCACAGGAAACACCACUACUUCUUGCUCAAAAAUGGAUUAAAUAUGUCGUCAAUAAAUUGAAUUCUGGUGAAUGUGCGCACUAUUUUAUUGAUAAUUUCAAUAUUUUUGGAUCACAUACGCCUGAAACUUUGGAAAAAGCUAAACAUAUUCUUCUCAACGAAGUAAAACUCGAUGAAAUAAUCGAAACACAUAUGUAUACGGCUCAAAAUCAACAACAACAUUUUGAUACAUUCAAUUCUAAUAGAAAAAAUUAUAUAUAUGGUUUGAAAGUAAAGGACGUUUUACCUCUGAUCCACGAUUAUCGUACAUUGAAAGAAGAUUGGAUUGGACUACGCACAAACAUUCAACACCCAAAUAAAGAAAUAAGCGAAGCACUUGAUAUCUUGUGUACCUUAAGAAUGUUUGAUGGCGAAAAAAUGGAAAACUGGAAAACAUUUCGAGAAUUAUUUUUGAAUCACAAUGACUCUUCUGAAUAUGCUGAACCUAUUUGGGAUGAUGAUGUUGUAGAAGAUGAAGAUCCCGCAGAGUUUUGUUCAGUGUUGAGCAUGAUUGGUGCAGUUUUACAUAUGAUACAACAGAAUAUCGAUGAUCCACCAAAUUUUCUUACACAAAAUGUCCAGAAAGAUGAUGUUGAUGUUAAAAAUUAUCAAAACGUCUUUCAGCCGAUACCAUGGCUUGACUUAAUGCGUGCAACCAGAUCAAUUACACUAGAUCCAUCAGUAUCAUCAUUUAGCCGUCGAACCGUAAUCGAUGAGCAUCCAAAAGGCCCUAAUGAGGUUGAUAACCAACUCACACACAUGGAACAUUUUAGUAUUAUAGAUGUAUGUCAGAUCGCACUCGAUAAAGACAUGACACUUGGUGAAGUAGAAAAUUAUUAUAAAGGCUAUACAAAUGAAGAAAUCUUCGCACUGGCACGGGCUCUUCACCUCAUGAUCACGCGUCAAUUAGUUUCUAUUGGUAGUUUGUCAUCAUUAUUACAAGUAGAUGCAACGUUUAAGGUAAAUUGGAAUGAACUAUCAUUAUUAGUCUUUGGUAGUAGUGAUUCCAAUCGCCAUUUCCACCCUUAUGGUGUUGCUCUGAUCUCAACUGAUGAAGCAGCUGAUUCGUAUAUGCAUGUGUUUCAAACACUCAAACAAGUCGUUCAGUCGGUAACUGGUAUUGUCUUCAACGUGGCUUAUUUGUUGGGUGAUGGUGCGAAAGGUAUUACUGCUGCUCAACAGCAUGAAUUUCCUACAGCCAAGCGUCUGAUGUGUUGGGCGCAUACAUUACGCAAAUGCAGAGAACAUCGGAAGAUGGUUCCCAGUGAUAAAUGA